AUGGCCACGGCGGCUUCUAACCCCUACCUGCCGGGGAACAGCCUGCUCACGGCCGGCUCCAUUGUGCACUCGGACGCGGCCGGGGCGGGCGGCGGCGGAGGGGGCGGCGGCGGCGGCGGCGGGGCGGGGGGCGGCGGCGGUGGCAUGCAGCCCGGGAGCGCCGCUGUGACCUCGGGCGCCUACCGGGGGGACCCGUCCUCGGUCAAGAUGGUCCAGAGCGACUUCAUGCAGGGGGCCAUGGCCGCCAGCAACGGCGGCCAUAUGCUGAGCCACGCGCACCAGUGGGUCACCGCCCUGCCCCACGCUGCCGCCGCCGCCGCCGCUGCUGCCGCCGCCGCCGUGGAAGCCAGCUCGCCGUGGUCGGGCAGCGCGGUGGGCAUGGCCGGCAGCCCACAGCAGCCGCCGCAGCCGCCGCCGCCGCCGCCGCAGGGCCCCGACGUGAAGGGUGGCGCUGGGCGCGAAGACCUGCACGCCGGCACCGCGCUGCACCACCGCGGGCCUCCGCAUCUCGGGCCCCCGCCGCCGCCCCCGCACCAGGGCCACCCUGGGGGCUGGGGGGCCGCCGCCGCCGCCGCCGCUGCCGCCGCCGCCGCCGCAGCCGCCGCUCACCUCCCGUCCAUGGCGGGCGGCCAGCAGCCGCCGCCGCAGAGUCUGCUCUACUCCCAGCCUGGAGGUUUCACGGUGAACGGCAUGCUCAGCGCGCCCCCGGGACCCGGAGGCGGCGGCGGCGGCGCGGGCGGUGGAGCCCAGAGCCUCGUUCACCCGGGGCUGGUGCGCGGGGACACGCCCGAGCUGGCCGAGCAUCACCACCACCACCACCACCACGCUCACCCGCACCCGCCGCACCCGCACCACGCGCAGGGACCCCCGCAUCACGGCGGCGGCGGCGCGGGGCCGGGACUCAACAGCCACGACCCGCACUCGGACGAGGACACGCCGACGUCUGACGACCUGGAGCAGUUCGCCAAGCAGUUCAAGCAGCGGCGCAUCAAGCUGGGCUUCACCCAGGCCGACGUGGGGCUGGCUCUGGGCACGCUCUACGGCAACGUGUUCUCGCAGACCACCAUCUGUCGCUUCGAGGCCCUGCAGCUCAGUUUCAAGAACAUGUGCAAGCUCAAGCCGCUGCUGAACAAGUGGCUGGAGGAGGCGGACUCGAGCACCGGCAGCCCCACGAGCAUCGACAAGAUCGCGGCCCAGGGCCGCAAGCGCAAGAAGCGGACCUCCAUCGAGGUGAGCGUCAAAGGCGCGCUCGAGAGCCACUUCCUCAAGUGCCCUAAACCCUCGGCGCAGGAAAUCACCAACCUGGCCGACAGCCUGCAGCUGGAAAAGGAGGUCGUGCGGGUCUGGUUCUGCAACCGGCGCCAAAAAGAGAAACGCAUGACGCCCCCGGGCAUCCAGCAGCAGACGCCGGACGAUGUCUACUCGCAGGUGGGUACCGUGAGCGCUGACACACCGCCGCCGCACCACGGGCUGCAGACCAGCGUGCAGUGAAGGCCCGGGGGGCGCGCAGCGCGAAGAGGGCCGCCGCCGCCGCCACCUCCGCAGCCGCU